UCUCUUUGGUUGAUAUCAAAGAAUGUAGGUACCUACCUACUAUUUAAACCUGAGUGAAAGUUGUUUAGAAAUUAGACUAAUGAUGAGUAAGAUUUUAUCAGUUUCAUUUAUUCUUUAAAUUCCGUUUCCGGUGUUCCGGGUUCCGUCAUAUAAUUCACAAAUCACAAGUUCUAUCAUUCGAAAUGUACUUAUAAUAUAUUUUUUUCUAAUGUAAAAACCAUAACCUAUUAUUUUCAUAAUUAUUUACACCUAUAUAAAACUUAAAAUGGAACAUCGAUCGGAUAUUAAUGGUGGCGUUAAAAUGAGAAAAUAUAUUUCUGUUGGAGCAGAAGUUAAGUCAAUAGAAAAUGAAAUAAGUAAACCGAAAAGCUCUCAAGCUAUGGUUAUGGGUUUAGUAUUUGUUUCUCUACUACUAGAUCUUCUGGCAUUUACUAUGAUACUACCUUUGCUUCCUUCUCUCUUGGACUAUUAUAACAGAGAAGAAGGCAAGGGUACAUCCAUGUACUCGUACAUGCUAAAGGCAGUGCAGAGUUUUCAGAAGCUAACAGGAACUCCAGAGAGAUUUGCCUCAGUAUUAUUUGGUGGGAUCUUAGGCUCAAUGUAUAGCUUCCUACAAUUUUUAACUAGCCCAAUAGUUGGAAGUCUUUCAGAUGCCUAUGGCAGAAAACCUAUGCUUCUUCUAUGUUUGCUGGGAAUUACUAUAUCUCAUGGGAUAUGGAGCUGUGCCAGUUCUUUCAGCUUAUUUGUAUUGGCAAGAUUUAUUGGUGGGUUUAGCAAAGCUAAUGUGAGCCUUAGUAUGGCCGUUGUGACUGAUGUAUCAAAUGAGACCACCAGAGCCAAAGGAAUGGCUUUAAUAGGUUUAGCAUUCUCAAUAGGUUUCAUAGUGGGUCCACUAGCCGGAGCUUGGUUUGCUAAGACUAAUGACAUCACUUAUGGCAUGUGGGGUGAACGGCCUGCACUCUAUGCUCUGUCUCUCUCACUCGCAAAUGUAUUUCUUGUUUUACUUUGGAUACCCGAAACAUUAUCAAAGGAGCGAAGGUCGCCGCUAGCACUGUCGCUUUCCAAGUGUAUAGAUUACGUAUCGCCGUGGCAUCUUUUGAAGUUUACCGCCGUCAAGAAUAUGUCAAAGUUCCAAGGCGAGAUUCUGUCGAAGUUGGGACUGAUAUAUUUUUUGUACCUGUUCAUAUAUUCUGGACUUGAGUUCACCUUGACAUUCCUGACUCACCAUACAUUUAAAUACACCGCAAUGCAACAAGGCAAAAUGUUCUUAGUAAUUGGGGUAAUAAUGGCUGUGCUGCAAGGAGGGGCUGUUAGACGCCUUGGUCCUCAUGGUGCUGUGAAAGCGGCGAAGGUGGCCCUGGCACUCACCCCGCUCUCAUUCUUGAGUGUUGCUUUCGCUGCAGUCCCUGCACCACCUCUGUUCACGCCAAUAGCCUGGCUGUGGACCGGUCUUGUCCUGUUUGCUCUAUCGACCGCAUUUGCGGUGUCGUGCAUGACGUCGAUGGCCGCGGCUGUCUCGCCCGAAGAGAGUCGCGGCGCGGCGCUAGGUACGCUUCGUUCGCUUGGCGCACUCGCUCGUGCGGCCGGUCCACUGCUCGCCUCCACACUUUACUGGUGCACCGGCGCUGCCACGACAUACACGAUUGGCGGAGUGAUGCUUGUCGUCCCAGCUGUCAUGUUGUUUCGCCUUUAAACACGAAUAAUCAGCAAUACUUACUACAAGUCGAAUAAUCUUUAAAUUAAAUUAAUUUAAUUCUAAAAUAAGUUAAUACUACAGUUAGAUUAAGGAUUGGUCUCCGCUGCGCGCUAACUAGAUACCGCACAACCUAAGAUCAAUAGCUUUUUUAUUACGGCAACUAUUCGAUGCCUGUGUGCGUGGCAUCUUGACACUCAAUGGCAUCUUUCAAAUUUUGUAACAUACGCUUCGUGUUAUUUUACAUUGAGAUUAAUGAAAUACAAAAUAAUUACUGAUGAUAUGUAAUCCUAUGUCUGCGGUACCUAGAUGGAGUUCAGCGGAGACCAAUCCUUAAUCUAAGAUACUACUUAUAUAUUACAAGACGGUGAUAAUCUUGUAUAAAUAAAAAUAAUGUUACCUUUUAACAAUACGAUGUAUUAAAAUAUAUUAAGCAAUAAUAUUUAUUAUAACAACAACUUUUGUAAUAUGUUGUAACUUGACGACCCUUAUAGCCCAGUGGUUAGUGAACCUGCCUACUGGGCUGGAGGUCCCGGGUUCGAAUCCCGGUGGGUGCAAUCAUUUGUAUGACGAAUAUGAAUGUUUGUUUCCGAUGUCAUGGAUGUUUAUAUGUAUGUUUUAGUAAGUAUAUUGGGACGUAGUUAGGCAGAAAGGACUCAAACCACACAAAGGCUCUUUUGAGUUAUAAGCAUUUGAAGUUUCAUUACUCUAUUUUGACCAAAGUGUGAUAUGAGUCAUUUCUGUUUAACUACGUCCAUUGUAUUAAAUAUAUCUUUGUCUCGUACCCAUAGCACUGGCUAUGUCCAGUUUGGGGCAAGAUAUUUUGUGUAAGGGUGUCAAUAUUAUUAUUAUUAUAUUCGAAAGAUAUUUUUUUUUGUAUUUUGUUGAUGAAUAUGUUAUUCUAUAGUUACUUAAAUUGAUGAAUAAUUUAUGCGUUAAUUGAAAAUUUAUUGUAUUUUUAAGCUAUUGCAUAGCUUCUAUCGCGGGCCUUGAGCGUGGAGACCGAAUCCAGAAAUUCCGUAACGAAAAUAACCUAACACUUACUUACUAGAUCCAUAUAGAUAUUUCGCCACGGUCAUUACAGUUGCCGUGGAUCAGCGGUUACACGUAUGCGUUUUGUGCAGAAGGUCCCGGGUUCGAGCCUGGGUUACGUCUUGAUUUUUUUUAAUUUCUUUAUUUUUUUAUCAAUUUUUUUUUCUAAUUUUUAUUAUUAUGUCAAGCAUUUUUAUUAAGUUUCACCUGUCCCGUUGUCUGUCUGUAAUCAAUUCUUGCAAGUAAAAUUUUACUCACUUCCCGUUUGCUUUUUUUAAAAUUAAUUUUAUCAAGAAAUAAAUACUGCAUAAAUAAAAUAAAUAACUAAUUAUAAUUGCAUAAGUUGCUAUUCAAUAGCUUUACCGCGGUAGUCCCCGAGUGCCACACUUCUUUUUUUAUAUUAUAACAAUAUUUGAAUCAUAACACAGUAUGACGUCAGACUUGCUAACAUUUAACUUGUAAGUAUUAUUUGUUCAUAAUAUUAUGUUAUACUAAUAUAUGAUUUAUUAACGGCUCUGAAGAACAAAUCCUGUAAGCCAAUCAUGGAAGGAAAACAAUUAUAUGUAUAACAUAAUCCCCCUUAUUCAUAAUAGUCUGCUAACUUAACUUGCUAAUUCUCACUCUGUCUUCUUCUAUUGACCUAAGUCAGAAUGAAAAAAAAACACUCCUAAGCGGCUGAUUAAAGUUAGCAGACCAUUAUGAAUAAGGGGGAAUAUGUAUAUUAUGUUACAGGCUGAGCCCGAUUUAAGGACAAACUGGUAUAUCCUAGGCUAAAUCAGUUCAACAUUUAGGCCUUUAAAACUAGUUUCUCCUAUCGGCAUUUGGACAAACCCGUUUCGCCUACUUUGAAUUAGUAGAGCCUAACAUAAAUAAGUACAUCUCAGGGUAAACUGGUGUGGUCUAGUCUAUACUAGUACCGUCUCGUUAACAAUCUGAUUUUUAGGCAAAACUAGUUUAGCCUGAAAUUGGGUUUGGCCGGUAACCCAAGACAUGGACACAGAAAUAAAACCCGCAAUCCUUACUUUCAAAGUGUACCUGUUUUUUUUAUAUAAUUUAUUUAUUUACUCAUACUAUGCUUGCGAUGUUUAUUUUUAAUUUAGGAAACAACCUGAUUAUUAGAAAAUCGGAGUUAAAAGUUAUGUGGCUAUAUAAUACUAUGAUUAAUAACACGACAUAAUUUGUGUUAGCUGGUAUCCCCCGUAACUGGACACACACUAGCUUAAAGGUGCUUCACUUGUUAAUAUCACGUCGCGGAGUCCUCCUUUUUUUUACUCGUCCGUGGGGCAAUACAGUUCUUUUUGUAACGACAAUCAGGUUUUAUGCCGCUGAAAAUCCAUAAACAAAUGUGUUUAGUAUCAAACUAUUUAUAAUUCACAAUAAUUUGUUAUAAAAUCUCAUGUAUAAUGAGCAACUUGGCUCACUUGUAUCAUAAUGUACUAGUUAGUAUAUAAAUAAUAUAUAUAUACGUAAUGAUAAUAUUGUGUAUAAUAUUAUACACUUUUCUUUGAUAUAAUUAGAUAUGUAGGUCUACCUAGUCUUGCCAUAAAUACUGAAACAACGAAAAAAAAAUUUUUCUAUUGCAAAUAACAUUUAUAACUUUUACAGUGUGUUAGUUUAAUACAUAAAUAUAAAACAAUUUUAAAAAUAAACAUCUUAUCGAAGAGGUCAUUAGCAACAAUACAGUCCUUUAAACGUUGAGGCCAGUUAUCAAUAGAAGCACGCACUCUUUCCUUGGAAAAAUUCUUCACUGCCAAUCGUACGGAUUUUUUUUAAGCGACUCCAAAUUAUCAUGGCGUUUAGAGCACGCCGUACUCUUUAAAACUGACCAUAAAUCAUAAUCCAGCUGAUUAAGAUCGGGACUAGACGACGGCCUGUCUUCAGCUCUGAUGAAGUCCGAAACGUUCGUUUCCAACCAAGACUGCUUAGACCGAGUUUUAUGACCCGGCGCCGAGUCUUGUUGGAAGAACCAUUCCUGGUUAUUGAACAUGGUGUUGGCAAGGGGCUUCACUACCUUCUCAAGAAUGUUAUCUUGAUACACUUUUGCCGAUGUUUUGAUACCUUUUCACAAAAGUAUGGCUCAGUCACUCCUUCAUUACUAAUAUCCCACCAAAACCAUCACUGAAGUCGGAUAGUGCUCACGUUGCACUCUGUCGACUAAUUGGGAAGCUUCCUUAGAGCUUUGACCAUAAAUAAAUACGGUCAUUUUGUUUAUUAAAAUGUUGCUCACUUGUAAAAAAAAUCUCAUCCAUAAACAAGAUUUUUCUGUGACCUCCCUUUGCGUACCUCUUCGGUAGAUGUUUCGAUUUUACCACCCUAUUCUUUUUUAAAUUAUCAGUUAAGAAAUGACCAGUACGUCUCUUAUAGGCUUCAAGUUCUAAGUUCUAGGUGUUUUCUUCAGCUCCCAAGAUAAAAUCUUUUGCUUUCGUCAAAUUCUUUCCCUUACUGCUUUGACCACCUGUUUUCGUACGAACACUACGUGGACGGCCAGUUAUUUUUCUGUCACAAACAGAGGAGGUCUCAUUGUACCUAUUAAUAGCCAGGUAAACAAACAUUUUACUAAUACCAAGCGUAUGGAGAGUUUUAAUAAUUGCAUUUGGCUCCAUACCUACUUUGUGUAAUGCAAUCACAGCGAUUCGGUUCUCUAUAUCACCCUGCUUCAUUUUAAUAUCGCAAAAUAUUGUACAAUGCUUAGGCGCCAAAAUGAGAAAACCCAAUGAACAAUCGUAUAAAAAUGACAGAUUCCAAAUUCAAAUGUAAUAUUUAGUUUAUUUUUAAUUGUAACAGUAUUUAUGGUCAGACUAAGUAAUGUCAACUUUCGAGUCUAAAAUCUAGUUUACUAAAGCAUUCCCACUAUUUCGACUGAAAUAUAAGACUUAUUAGAUAGGUAUCGAAUUUAAUGCGUACAAUUUAUGUAUUUAGUCGAUGCUCUAUAAAAAUUGAAGAAUUGGCAUGACACGAGUGUUUAUAUUGCAUUAUCUAUAAACGUGUAGUUGCGAUCAAAAUAAUAAUUGUAAAUGAUAGUAUUAUAAUGUAAUGAAAUUUUAAGAUAUUUAUUUAUGUUUUGCUUUACUUAUUUAUAAUUUUCAAACCUUAUACAAUGCUUCUCGAAUGAACAAUAUACCAGUAUUAUAAAGUAAAA